AUGCAGAUAGAGCUCAUGUCACGCCCUUUAAGCCUGGCCAUGCCAGUCAUCAGUCAGUCUAAUGACUCAUUGAGUAGAAGGAAACAGGCCACACUGAGGGACAUGGUUCAACACUUGAGCACACACACUAAAGGAAUCUUCAGGAAAAGAGUGUCUAUAAACAACAUGCUCACCUGGACAAAG